AUGUGUAAUUUAUAUCUAUUUAUUUAUUGGAUACUCAUACAAUUAGUUUGUGUUAGAAGUUAAUAAUGUGAUGAAAUAACAGAUCAAAAAUAAUGUAAUGAAAAUUCAAAAUGUGAAUGGAAUUAUUGGUAACCUUCAAAAUGUUAGAACAUAUGUAGUUAAUUAGAAAAUGAAAAUAUUUGUAAUAAUGCUGCAAAUUGUAAAUGGUUAGCAAAUUCUUCGUCUUGUUUCAUUAAAAAAUGCACAGAAGAAUAGAAUAAUAGUAGAUGUGAGAAGAUUGUAUUCAAUUAACUUAUUUAGGUGGCUUGCACUUGGUAGAAUGGCUUUUGUUGGGAUUCCUCUUGUAUUUAAUUAUAAGCAAAUGAAGCUGGAAAAUGUCCUGCUGCUUAUUGUAUUUGGAAUGAUAAAAGAAAGCUUUGUUACGAUAAAAAAUGUUCUGAUUACCAUAAUUAAUAUGAUUGUUCUUAGAUGUCAUUUUGUGCUUGGUUUAAAUACAAAUGUACAGAUAAUGGUUAAAAAAAGCUUGAUUUUUGA